AUGUCUGGUAUAGAGGGCGAGAUCGAAGUACAUGUUAAAAAGCAUCCAGGUAAAUAUUAUGACGAAUACGCCAAACUCGAACCCAGUGGAGGGUCUCCCAAUCCGCAUGAUGAAAGAUAUAUUAUGGCAGAGCCUAAAGCUUCGUAUUAUAUCGAAGUCACCUUAAAGGAGGGGUUUGAUUUUGGCAAAUACGAUCUGAUUCAAGCCAAGAUGUGUAUGGACGGCGAGGAAGUUUCUUAUGCUGAAUUUAAGACGCCUCUUCAUGGAAUCAAUAAAACAAAAACGGAAAAAGAUCUUGUCCAAACGAUUCGGUACGCUAAUGUGGAGAUUCAUAGAAGACCGCGAGGCUCAAAGUUUGUGUUUAGGAAUGUGGAGAUGGAGACAGAUGAAGAACAGCCCAGUGAGACUGGAGCUGUAGAUACACUUCCAAAAAGCAUUUCAGCUUUCCAAAUUGACGUUGUCUUCUUUGAGAGCUUUAUGGUCACAUUAUCUAACGACGAGUACAAAGAAGUGGUAAUAAGCUGGCAAAAGAAUUGCGCUAGACUUUUUUUCUGA